UAUCCUCAAUCACCACCGACCAUUCCAGACAUCCAACCCUGCUGACUGAGGAUGAGUGUGAAUAUUUUACAUAUUAUAAAUAUAAUAUUUGUGUAAAUGAAAAUGCACAGUGAAAAAUGUGAAUAUCGUUUGUUGUGCACUUGACCAACUUGACUCAUACCAAUCUUCCUGCUGGGCUUACGUGUGAGUGAACUUGGUACACCUUUCAUCUGCCCUGUUUAAUAGUAUUCCACCAAUUUUCAAUCAUUCUAUUUUCUAUUCUAUAGACUAAAUUACAGCCUAAUUUAUUUCUGUUUUUAUAAAAUAUACUACGCAUCUUCCAAAGUAAAUAAAGGAAUUUUGGUUCAAGAAGCCGGGUGCCGUGCAUUUCUUUAUGCCUUUAUACGUUACGACUUUUAGGAGUCAUUUAACAACGUAUAAGAGCUGGACGCACUAAUUGUAAAUGAGACGGUAUGUCGUCGGUUGAAAUCCUUCACAUGUCCUUUAACCGUGACGGCACUUCUCUCUCUGUUGGAACGGUAGAGUCCUGUUUCCACUUGUCCGUCGAUGCUCCCGAACAUCCAGAACGGCUCGAGUACGGGACAAACCUCGGGUCGCGGAUUGUCACCCGCUUGGGCCGUUCAUCACUGGUCGCCCUCGUCUUUGUUCACACUCCCAGGAAACUCAGAAUUUUCAAUAUGAUCAAGAACGAAGAAAUUUGCAGCCAAUUGUACAAAGAUUCAAUUCUUGGGGUUCGGAUCACCCAGCUAAAAAUGGUCGUAUGCCUGGAACACAGGAUUUACAUUCAUUCGACAAAAAACAUGCAGGAUUGUGACGUCAAGGGGACGAAUCCAAAUCCGAGAGGGGUGUUUAGCUUGUCGGAAGAAGGCGAGCGACUUCUUCUCGCCUUUCCAGCGACUGAGACCACGGGAGAAAUUCAAGUCUUUGACGUCGUGUCAAAAACAACGCAGCGUUUAAUAAAAGCAUUUGAGCAACCGUUAGCUAAUCUGCAGUUCAAUGAUCAGGGCACGUUGUUGGCAGCUUCGUCCGUGGAAGGCACUCAUAUCGUUGUACUGAAUCCGCUGGACGGACGUUGUAUUUACAAAUUAUACCGUGGGUACAGUUCUGUGGAAGUGUAUCAUAUGUGUUUUUCAAAGGAUGACGUAUUUCUGGCCGUUACUUCGAGUAAUCCCACGAUUCAUAUUUUCAAAUUGGAUAAUGCUGUCGUGGACAAUAAUAAUUGUAAACUCGAGCAAGAACACGGCGCCCCACCCUUGUCACCAACUAAGCGAAAUACGAUUCAUCAAAGUGCCACUUGUGAAGCUUCUUCCUCUUCGUCUCCGCCAAGGUCGUCGCCGGUGGACGAGUCGGACAAAGAUGCUCUUGCCACCAGCAAUUCUGGAGAGACUGGGACUGAUUACAAUAGUUAUUACUCAUUAAAUUCUUGGAUUGGAUGGGCCAAAUCCACAAUCGUGCCAAUAUUACCCAGUAAUAUUUCUGAAUCCUUGACUGGUACAAAUCGAGCUUUUGCAACCAUCCGAAUGCCAUACAAAGACGUGAGAAGUAUCGUCGCUGUUACUACAAGUUAUACAGAAGAGGGUCCAGAAGGACGAGUCAUUGUUGGUGCUUACGAUGGACUCAUUUACAUUUAUAAGUUUAAAAAGGAUGUUGGGGGAGAAUGUGAGCUUCUUAAGCAAAUUGAAGCUGUUGGGAAGUAGAAGAUAAUUUUUACUGUUAUUUUUUUACUGUCGCCGAGUCCACUUGCAAGUAAAACUAAUAAUUGUAUAAUAUGUAAAAUAUUAUAUAAUUGCCUGCCACUAUUUCAUUAAAGAAUACACUUAUAAUAAAGAUAAAGGCUGCCCAUACAAAACUUUAAUAAGUAGCUGGAAAUUGGCCAUUAAUAAAAAAACCUAUAUAAUGUACACAA